UCAAGCAUACUGACACCUUCUCCUUCCCACCUCUCAGGCCUGAAGCUCAUGGGAGCCCCGGUGAAGCUGACAGUAUCUCAGGGGCAGCCGGUGAAGCUCAACUGCAGUGUGGAGGGAAUGGAGGAGCCUGAGAUACAGUGGGUGAAGGACGGGGCUGUGGUCCAGAGUGUGGAUCAGGUGUACAUCCCAGUCAGUGAGCAGCACUGGAUUGGCUUCCUCAGCCUGAAGUCAGUGGAGCGCUCUGAUGCAGGCCGGUACUGGUGCCAGGUGGAGGAUGGGGGAGAAACCGAGACCUCCCAGCCAGUGUGGCUCACGGUAGAAGGUGUGCCAUUUUUCACUGUGGAGCCAAAAGAUCUGGCAGUGCCACCCAAUGCCCCUUUCCAGCUGUCUUGUGAGGCCGUGGGUCCCCCUGAACCUGUUACCAUUGUCUGGUGGAGAGGAGGCACAAAGGUUGGGGGACCUGCUCCCUCUCCUUCUGUUUUAAAUGUAACAGGGGUGACCCAGAGCACAGUGUUCUCCUGUGAAGCUCACAACCUUAAAGGCCUGGCCUCUUCUCGCCCAGCCACUGUUCGCCUUCAAGCACUGCCCGCAGCCCCCUUCAACAUCACAGUGACAAAGCUCUCCAGCAGCAAUGCUAGUGUGGCCUGGACACCAGGUGCUGAUGGCCUGGCCCUGCUCCAAUCAUGUACGGUCCAGGUGACACAGGCACCAGGAGACUGGGAAGUCCUGGCUGUUGUGGUCCCUGUGCCACCUUUUACCUGCCUGCUCCGGGACCUGGCACCUGCCACCAACUACAGUCUCAGGGUGCGCUGUGCCAACGCCUUGGGGCCUUCUCCAUAUGCUGACUGGGUGCCCUUCCGGACAAAGGGUCUAGCCCCAGCCAGCACUCCUCAGAACCUCCAUGCCAUCCGCACAGACUCAGGCCUCAUCCUGGAGUGGGAAGAAGUGAUCCCUGAGGGCCCUUUGGAAGGCCCCCUGGGACCCUAUAAACUGUCCUGGGUUCAAGACAACGGAACCCAGGGUGAGCUGACAGUGGAGGGGACCAGGGCCAACUUGACAGGCUGGGAUCCCCAGAAGGACCUGACUGUGCGUGUGUGCGUCUCCAAUGCAGUUGGCUGUGGGCCUUGGAGUCAGCCACUGGUGGUCUCUUCUCAUGACCAUGCAGGCCAGCAGGGCCCUCCCCAUAGCCGUACAUCCUGGGUGCCUGUAGUCCUGGGUGUGCUGACAGCCCUAGUGACGGCUGCUGCCUUGGCCCUCAUCCUGCUUCGAAAGAGGCGGAAGGAGACACGGUUCGGGCAAGCCUUUGACAGUGUCAUGGCCCGGGGGGAGCCAGCCGUUCACUUCCGGGCAGCCCGGUCCUUCAAUCGGGAAAGGCCUGAGCGCAUCGAAGCCACACUGGACAGCUUGGGCAUCAGUGAUGAACUCAAGGACAAACUGGAGGAUGUGCUCAUCCCAGAGCAGCAGUUCACCCUAGGCCGGAUGUUGGGCAAAGGAGAGUUUGGUUCAGUGCGGGAGGCCCAGCUGAAGCAAGAGGAUGGCUCCUUUGUGAAAGUGGCUGUCAAGAUGCUGAAAGCUGACAUCAUUGCUUCCAGCGACAUUGAAGAAUUCCUCAGGGAAGCGGCUUGCAUGAAGGAAUUUGACCACCCACAUGUGGCCAAGCUUGUUGGGGUGAGCCUCCGAAGCAGAGCCAAAGGCCGUCUCCCUAUCCCCAUGGUCAUCUUGCCCUUCAUGAAGCAUGGGGACCUGCACGCCUUCCUGCUCGCCUCCCGGAUUGGGGAGAAUCCCUUUAACCUGCCCCUGCAGACCCUGGUCCGGUUCAUGGUGGACAUUGCCUGUGGCAUGGAGUACCUGAGCUCCCGGAACUUUAUCCACCGAGACCUGGCUGCUCGGAAUUGCAUGCUGGCAGAAGACAUGACGGUGUGUGUGGCUGACUUUGGGCUCUCCCGGAAGAUCUAUAGCGGGGACUACUAUCGCCAGGGCUGUGCCUCCAAAUUACCCGUCAAGUGGCUGGCCCUGGAGAGCCUGGCUGACAACCUAUAUACUGUGCACAGUGACGUGUGGGCCUUCGGGGUGACCAUGUGGGAGAUCAUGACGCGUGGGCAGACGCCGUAUGCUGGCAUUGAGAACGCUGAGAUUUACAACUACCUCAUCGGCGGGAACCGCCUGAAACAGCCUCCAGAGUGUAUAGAGGAUGUGUAUGAGCUCAUGUACCAGUGCUGGAGCGCUGACCCCAAGCAGCGCCCGAGCUUCACAUGCUUACGGAUGGAGCUGGAGAGCAUCCUGGGCCACCUGUCAGUGCUGUCCACCAGCCAGGACCCCUUGUACAUCAACCUUGAGAGAGCCGAGGAGCCUGAGGAGGGAGGCCGCCUGGAGCUGCCUGGCAGGGACCAGGCCAGCGGCGGGGCUGGGGAUGGCAGUGGUGUGGGGGCGAUGGGGGGCACCCCCAGUGACUAUCGGUACAUCCUCAGCCCUGGGGGGCUAGCUGAGCAGCCUGCGCAGGAGGAGCAGCAGCCAGAAAGCCCCGUCAGUGAGGGCCAGAGGCUGCUGCUUCUGCAGCAAGGGCUACUGCCCCACAGUAGCUGUUAG